AUGGUUCAUUUCCGGUUACAGGCCGGCGUUAUAUUCUUCACAUUCGUUGUUCUUUUCCCUCUACUUUGCCUCGGGAUUCGUUCCAUACCGUCGAGGGAGGCGAAUACCGAUGCAGUUGAAGUACUCAACGGGUUUCGAUUCGCUGAAGCGCCGGAUUACCGAAACGGGAGAGACUGUCCUGUUUCAACGACCAAUGGGCGCUUAGUCUCUUCCUGCGACCCUUCUUUAAUCCACAUAGCCAUGACUCUUGAUUCUGAGUAUCUACGUGGCUCAAUCGCAGCCGUCCACUCGGUUAUAAAACACGCUUCCUGCCCAGAAAGCAUCUUCUUCCAUUUCAUUGCGGCAGAGUUCGACCCGGCAAGCCCACGGGUCCUGACCCAACUGGUACGAUCCACUUUUCCGUCUCUGAAUUUCAAGGUCUAUAUAUUCAGAGAAGACACUGUAAUCAAUCUAAUCUCUUCUUCAAUCCGGCAAGCACUGGAAAACCCAUUGAAUUACGCAAGGAACUAUCUGGGUGACAUGUUGGAUCUCUGCGUUGAUCGGGUCAUUUAUCUGGACUCUGAUGUCGUGGUUGUGGACGACAUACACAAGUUAUGGAACACCAAACUUAGUGGGUCUCGGGUGAUAGGGGCCCCCGAAUAUUGCCAUGCGAAUUUCACCCUGUAUUUCACUGCCGGGUUCUGGUCCGACCCGGUUUUGUCUGGGGCUUUUUCGUCGGCGAGGAGGAAGCCGUGUUACUUCAAUACUGGGGUUAUGGUGAUGGAUUUGGUGAGGUGGAGAGAAGGGAAUUAUAGGAGGAGGAUAGAGAAGUGGAUGGAGGUGCAGAGAAAGACAAGGAUUUACGAUUUGGGCUCAUUGCCACCAUUUUUACUGGUGUUUGCAGGGGAUGUGGAAGCAAUAGAUCAUAGGUGGAACCAACAUGGACUUGGCGGGGAUAAUGUGAGAGGGAGUUGCAGGUCAUUGCAUCCUGGUCCAGUCAGUUUGCUACAUUGGAGUGGGAAAGGGAAGCCUUGGGUUAGACUUGAUGCUAAAAAGCCAUGCAAGCUUGAUCAUCUCUGGGAGCCUUAUGAUUUGUAUGUCCGCAAUAAGAAAGGGUAUUUCUAUGCUCACAAUGACCCGCAGUCAAUGGGGCUUUUUACAGGUUCCAUGUGA